CUCACCUCUGGUGUGAAAAUUUAGGCGAUGAGUGAAAGCUGCGACAGGCCGUCACUCCCUCUGCACUGCUUCCAACCUUUCUCUCCCCCCGCCCUCUCUCUCUCUCUCUCUCUCUCCCCCUUCUCUGGCUCUUCUUCCGUUUGUUCUGCUGUUGGUUUACUCCAGUGUCGUCUCCGGUAUUCUCUACGAAAGGAACAGUGACUUUGGGAGUUGUUUACUGUGCAUCGCCAAGUUUACCAUCAGGUUGCUGAUUUCAGCUAUUCUAAGCAUUGCGGAAGCAACUGGAUAUGUCUUCAGAUGAAAAUAGUGAUUUCAGUGAAUCUGAGCUUGAAGAUCGAGUUCAGAAAUCAUACGCACAACUGAAAGAAGGAGGAAUUUUCCGAAGGAAUGCAGAUGGGACAUUCAAGUGCCCUUUUUGUCUGGGGAAGAAAAAGCAGGACUAUCGAUAUAAAGAGAUUCUCCAACAUGCGAAUGGAGUGGCAAAUUCACCUAAGAGUUUGGAAAAGGCUGCCAAACAUCGUGCACUGGAGAUGAUUUUGAUGGAGGAUGCAGAACAGCUGAAGCCUUCCGGGCCACCCAUGAUUGAUUCUAGACCUCCCAAGCGUGUAAAACUAGAACGUAAGGAAGAGAGAUUUGUAUGGCCUUGGAUGGCUAUUGUUGCUAAUAUACCAACUGCGUUGGAGAAUGGGACUUAUGUUACUAAUGGAAAGCUAAAGGCACAGUUUUCUGAAUUCAGCCCAGCAAAAGUAACCCUUAUGUGGGAUGCACUGGGCUUUCGAGGAAUGGCGGUUGUUGAAUUUGAGAAGAAUUGGACAGGUUUCUACUGUGCCAUAUCAUUUGAGAAGUCAUUUGAGCUGAGGUGCCGUGGUAAAACUGAGUGGAUUGAGUCAAAAAAGUGUGAUUCAAGUAUGUAUGCAUGGCUAGCUCGGGAAGAUGACUAUCACAAUUCUGAUGAUUAUGUAAAGAUGCAACUUCAUCGUGGUGAUCUAAAGACUAUUAGUGAGCUCCAACAGGAGGAAGAACGAAAGAAGAACACUCUAGUAGACGACCUCACACUUAGAAUCGAUGAAAAGAAUAAGGACUUGCAGUCUUCGGGUGAACAGCUGAUGGAAAUGACUUACUCAUUGAAUCAGUUUAAGUCUGCACUUGAAAGGAAAGACAGUGAGAUGGCACGACUGCUUGAAGAGGUGAAAAAAGCAGAAAGUAAAAACUCUGAUUUGCGGGAUCAGGUUCUGAAAGAACGUGAAAAGUGGUGCAAAGAGUUGGCUCUUGAACGGUCCAAACUUGCACAACGUGAUAUAGAGUUGCAGGAACGAGAAGCCCAAAAUGACUUUGAGAAAAAGAAACUUGAAGAAGAAAAGAAGAAGAAUGCUGCUAGAGAUGCUGCUCUUCAAAUGGCUAGUAUUGAGCAGAAGAAAGCUGAAGAAAGUUUUAUGAAGCUCAUGGAAUACCAUAAGAGAGAAAAAGAUGCGGAAUUAAAAAAAUUCUGUGACGUGGAGAAUAGAUUGCAAACAAAACAAACAUUAGAGUUGGAAAUAGAGAAGUUGAGAGGUAAUUUGCAGGUCAUGAAGGUUAUGGAAGGUGAUGAUAACAUAGAUGAGAAGAUAAGAUCUAUGGGUGAAGAGUUGGCAGAGAAACAGAAUGAUCUGGAAUAUCUGGAAACUCUCAAUCAAGCUCUAAUAGUUCAACAGCGGAAUGCAAAUGAUGAGCUGCAGGGUGCUCGUAAAGAAGCAAUUGCAGGUUUCAAAAGUUUGUUCAGGAACCGCACAGACAUUGGGAUCAAAUUAAUGGGGGAACUUGAUAAGCAGCCAUUCAAAGAAGCAUGUAUCAAGGUAUUUUCUUCACAGAAAAUUUCUGUAGAAGAUUGUGAAAUGAAGGCGUCAGAGUUGGCAUCCUUAUGGGAAGAACACAUGCGGGAUCCAAUGUGGCAUCCGUUCAAGGUGAUCCAGGAUGGACCUAAUGAGAAGGGUGUCAUAGAUGAAAAUGAUGAAAAAUUAACGCGCUUAAGAAUUGAGUGGGGUGAAGGCCCCUACGAAGCUGUAGUGACUGCCAUGAAGGAGUUAAAUGAAUAUAAUCCCAGUGGACGGUAUGUAAUCGAGGAAAUGUGGAAUCACAAGGAAAACAGAAAGGCAACCUUAAAAGAAGUUAUUGGCUAUCUUGUAAAGACUUACAAGACACGCACCCGCAGGAUUUAGGAGAGCUCAUGGUUGAUACUUCUGAUUCUCCAUCCUGUGUUCUUUCUGGUGUCGCCUCCGAAGCUGAAAGGUUGUUUUGCAAACCUGAUGCUGUGAAUGUUUCCACUGGUAGUCGUGAAAGAUUUGAUGGAUCAACAUUGUGAGAACCAGUUAUCUUUGAAUUCCUUGUACAUUGUCUAACAUUAUCAGAUACUGAAACUUGGGUUCUAAUUAGCUUGUACAUAUCACUUGCUCACAUUUCUUCCAAGUGUUGGCUUAAUUCGAGAAGUUUCUUGCUCAAGCGUCAAAAAUAUUUGAAUGGCAAUAUGAUUUUCUGAUCUUGGUUUCUUU